UGCUGAGUCAUCCUCCCUCCUGUAACUUCAAAGCUCAUGCUAAUUUGCCUUUUGUAACAGAGAAGUGCUGAUUCCUUAUCAUAGCUGAGACUGGCAUGAUCAUCAAUCUAAUUGUAUAAGCUGUGAAAUGGAGUGGCUAUUCUAAUUGCAGCUUUCCAUCACUACAUGAUGCGGUACAGCUGGGACACACAGACAUGCUAAAGGGGUGUAGACUGAGAGCUAAUCCAGCUGGAAGGCUAAGCCACUGAGGGCGGCAGGCCAUUGCAGAACCAGACCCAAGGGAGCCCUGAAGCUCCUCAUCCUAUCACAAGGAGGGCUCUUUGCUGGCCUGCUCUGAGAUCGCUAGUGUGAAUCUGAGCAAGUGCCAAGAUGGCUCCAGAAAGGAAAACAGAUCAACUGGUUUUCUUCGUGAAUGGAAGAAAGGUGGUGGAAGAAAAUGUGGACCCAGAAACAACUUUAUUGACCUACUUGCGGAGGAAAUUGGGGCUCCAUGGAACCAAGCUAGGUUGUGGAGAAGGUGGAUGUGGUGCUUGUACUGUUAUGAUAUCCAAGUAUGACAACUUCCAGAAGAAAAUUGUGUAUCACUCUGUCAAUGCUUGUCUCUUCCCAAUCUGCGCACUGCACCAUGUAGCAGUCACUACUGUUGAAGGCAUAGGAAGCUCAAAGACGAGGUUGCAUCCGGUCCAGGAGAGAAUAGCAAAAAGCCAUGGAUCCCAGUGUGGCUUUUGCACUCCUGGCAUUGUCAUGUCCAUGUAUGCAUUACUUCGCAACAGACCUAACCCAGUAAUGGAGGAGAUCGAAGAGAAUUUCCAAGGAAAUUUGUGUCGCUGUACAGGAUACAGACCCAUUGUGCAGGGAUACAGGACAUUUGCUAAAGACUGGUGUUGCUGUGGGAAAGGAAUUAAUGGCCCAGGCUGCUGUAAGACUGGAAAAAGCGAAGGUUGUUGUGGUGGGAAAGCCAGUGGCCAGGGUUGCUGCAUGAAUGAGAAAGAAGACAAUGCGGCCAUGGUGUCCUCCAUCUUGUUCAACCCAGCUGAGUUCCAGCCUUUGGAUCCCACUCAGGAGCCUAUCUUCCCUCCAGAGUUGUUGAUGCAGAAAAACAAACCCCUGGAACAGCUGUGCUUCAGAGGUGAGCGUGUGAUGUGGCUACAGCCAGCAACCCUUGAGGAGCUGCUGACGCUCAAGGCCCAGUACCCUGCUGCCAAGCUCGUUGUGGGGAACACAGAAGUUGGUAUUGAAAUGAGGUUAAAGAACAUGCUGUAUCCAGUGAUAAUUGCACCAGCAUGGAUCCCUGAAAUGACCUUUGUUCAGUACACAAAGAAGGGUAUUAUCUUUGGUGCAGCCUGCACCCUGAGCUCUGUAGAAGUGGUGCUGAAAAAAGCCGUGGCUGAGUUGGAUUCCUACAAAACAGAAGUGUUCCAGGCUGUGCUAGACCAGCUGCGGUGGUUUGCAGGCCCACAGGUCAAAAAUGUUGCAGCCCUUGGGGGAAAUAUAAUGACUGCAAGUCCAAUUUCUGAUCUCAACCCUGUCUUUAUGGCAUGUGGCAGCAAAUUGACUUUGGCAUCAAUUGAAGGCAGAAGGACGAUAAAGAUGGAUAAAAACUUCUUUACUGGUUAUAGAAAGACAGCACUAAAGCCUAAUGAGAUACUGCUCUCCAUUGAGAUACCGUUCACUAGGAAGGGUGAGUAUUUCUCAGCCUUUAAGCAGGCUUCCCGUCGGGAGGAUGACAUUGCUAUAGUGACCUGUGGAAUGAGAGUCCUCUUUAAAGAAGUUAGGAAUCAAGUCAAGAAGAUUAAAUUGAGCUAUGGAGGAAUGGCUCCCACAACAGUAAUGGCAGGAAAAACUUGCCAGGCACUCAUGCACAGAGAAUGGAAUGAAGAUCUGCUGCAGGAAGCCUGCCACCUCUUGGCAGAGGAGAUGAACCUGUCUCCAUCAGCUCCGGGGGGGAUGGUGGAUUUCCGGCGCACGCUCACGCUCAGUUUCUUCUUUAAAUUUUAUCUGACAGUGCUUCAGAAAUUGGACAGCGAGCUCAAUGGGAAUAAUAACCCUCAUGAGCUGGUCCCCUACGAAUAUGUGUGCGCCACUAAAGUGUUUCAUAAAGAUCCUGUUAACAACGUUCAGCUCUUUCAAGAAGUGCCUGCAGGACAGUCUGUGGAAGAUAUGGUGGGACGGCCUCUGGUGCACCUUUCAGCAGCCAAACAGGCAUGUGGAGAGGCUGUCUAUUGUGAUGACAUACCAUGCUAUGAAAAUGAACUCUACUUAACGCUGGUCACCAGCACCAAAGCCCAUGCCAAAAUUCUUUCUAUAGAUACAACUGAAGCCGAGUGUGUUCCCGGUUUUGUGUGUUUCAUCUCUGUAAAGGACAUUCCUGGGAGUAAUGUCUCUGGAAUUGCCUUUGAUGAAACUGUUUUUGCUGAUAACAUGGUCACUUGUGUUGGCCAUAUCAUUGGUGGAGUGGUUGCAGAUACACAUGAACAUUCCCGAAGAGCUGCUAAAGCUAUAAAGAUCAAAUAUGAAGACCUCUUACCUAUUAUCACUAUUCAGGAAGCUAUUGAGAAACAAUCCUUUUAUGAUGUUCCAAGGAAGAUUGAGAAAGGAAAUGUCCAGAAAGGAUUUGAAGAAUCUGAUUACAUUGUGGAAGGGGAAAUGUACAUUGGUGGACAGGAACACUUUUAUCUGGAGACUCACUGCACCAUUGCUGUGCCUAAGGGUGAAGACGGAGAGAUGGAACUGUUUGUAUCCACUCAGAAUCCAACAAAAACACAGGAAUCUGUUGCCAGUGUACUAGGAGUUCCUGAGAAUCGAAUUUUAGUUCGAGUGAAGAGACUGGGAGGAGGGUUUGGAGGCAAGGAGUCCAGAAGCACUAUUGUGUCAACAGCAGUAGCUGUGGCUGCAUUCAAGACUGGUCGCCCUGUACGCUGCAUGCUGGAUCGAGAUGAGGACAUGCUGAUUACUGGUGGGAGACAUCCCUUUUUGGGACAGUACAAGGUUGGCUUCAUGAAGAAUGGUAAGAUCAACAGUUUGAAGGUGUCAUACUACAGCAACGGGGGCAACUCUGCAGAUCUUUCUUUGGCUGUGAUGGACAGAGCUUUGUUCCACAUGGACAACGCUUACAAUAUCCCCAACAUCCAAGGUGAGGGUACGGUUUGCAAGACUAACAUGCCCUCUAACACAGCAUUCCGUGGCUUCGGGGGUCCCCAGGGAAUGAUGAUCGUUGAGUGUUGGAUGAAUGAUGUCAUCCUGAAGUCUGGACUGCCAGCAGAACAGGUGAGAAAGCUGAAUCUUUAUGAUGAAGGAGACCUGACCCAUUUUAACCAAAAGCUUGAAGGAUUCACUUUGAAGAGAUGCUGGAAAGAAUGUGUAAAGAACUCAGAGUAUCACACCAGAAAGCAAAUCAUUGAUGACUUCAAUAGACAGAAUCGCUGGAAGAAGAGGGGGAUAGCCAUUAUUCCUACAAAGUUUGGGAUCAGCUUUAUCAUUCAUCUUUGUAACCCUUUAAACCCUUUAUCUUUUGAAUACUCCCUGUUGUAGGCUGGGGCUCUGGUCCAAGUGUAUACAGAUGGUUCAGUGCUGCUUACACAUGGUGGGGCUGAGAUGGGUCAAGGACUUCACACCAAGAUGAUCCAGGUUGCCAGCAAAACUCUGGGAAUCCCCACCACCACCAUUCACAUCAGUGAGACCAGCACUAACACCGUCCCCAAUACCUCUCCAACAGCCGCUUCUGUCAGCGCAGACAUCAAUGGGAUGGCUGUCUUUAAUGCCUGUAAGACUAUUUUAAAAAGGCUAGAGCCAUUCAAAAGUUCUAACCCCAAAGGAUCCUGGAAGGACUGGGUGAAUGAAGCCUACGUUAACUGUGUUAGCCUGUCAGCCACAGGAUUUUAUAGAGUUCCUGGCCUUGGGUAUGACUUUAAGGAAAAUAAAGGAAAUCCUUUUGACUACUUCUCUUACGGUGUUGCUUGCUCCGAGGUUGAGAUAGACUGCCUGACAGGUGACCACCAGAAUCUUCGCACACACAUAGUAAUGGAUGUUGGUACCAGCCUAAACCCAGCCAUAGAUAUAGGACAGAUAGAGGGAGCAUUUGUCCAAGGCCUGGGACUCUUUACCCUGGAAGAGUUGCGCUAUUCUCCUGAAGGAGACUUGUAUAGCCGAGGCCCUGGAAUGUACAAGAUCCCUGCCUUUGGAGACAUCCCGACAGAGUUCCAUGUCUCUCUUCUCCGGGACUGUCCAAACAGCAAAGCCAUUUAUGCAUCCAAGGCGGUGGGUGAACCUCCCCUGUUCCUGUCAGCCUCUGUGUUUUAUGCCAUCAAAGAUGCCAUCUUCGCUGCAAGGGCUGAAUCAGGCCUGACACAGCCAUUCAGACUAGACAGCCCUGCCACCCCGGAGAGGAUCCGCAAUGCCUGCGUUGACAACUUCACUAAACUGUGUCCAUCUGCAGAGCCAGGGACAUUUAAGCCAUGGUCUGUGAGAGUAUAAAAUGGAAGUUUAAGGAACAAGGUUUGUCCAUGAAGCUGGUUUUACCUGGAGGGGGCCAUAAGAAAAACUGUCGCAGAAAACAAAAGUGUAUUCACGUGUCUCAUUCGUGUGGGCUGAAAAUGCAACUGAUGAGUAAAUUGAUGGCUUUAAUGUUUGUGUAAUUGAAAAGGUUCAUAUAAAUUUGUUGUAAGGAUUAGAUAAUUGUUUACAACAAGCUUGUUUGUGAAAGAAUUUGUUUUUUAAGUAUGAUUAUAAAACUCGAAGAUGUGUAAAAUUGGGGAGAACUUGGAUUUGCUAACUCCAUUAAAAAUGGCCUUUCCCCCCCUUUUUUUGCACUUUGAAGUCUCUGUCCAGCUGGUGGAAGCAGCUGUAACUUCAUUGACUUAAAUGGAGUGUUAUCCACUUACAUCUGGUUUGAAUUUCGCCUCUGUGUUAUGAUAUUGAAAUGGAUGCAGUGAUUUGAUUCCUGGAUUCCCAGACCAGAAAUAACUGUUGUGAUCAUCUGGUUUGAUAUCCUGUACAACACAGGCCCUAAAGCUCUCCCAAAAUGAUUUCUAGAGCAGAGCUUUUAGAAGAACAUCCUAUCUUGAUUUUAAAAUUGUCAGCGUUGGAGAAUCUCCUGAGAAGGUUCGUAAAUUGUUGCAAAGGUUUAUUACAAAAACGCCCCUUAACCUCUCUUUGUUAAGCUACAGUAAAUUCAUUGAGUCUAUCACUCAUAAGGCAGCGGGGCCGACAGCUUUUCUGGGCCUAUGGGCAAGGCUUGAGAGGGAGCUCCUCCAUGCCUCUGGAAGUAGGAGGGCCUCUAGGGGAAGGGGCGGGGGUAAGGCUAGGCAGCCCUCAGCACCACCCAUAGCAUGCUGCAUGGCACUCUGGCAGUGAUUUAGAGGGCCCAGGGCUCUGGGUCCUUUUGUAUUACUGGGCUCCAGGGCAAUCGUCCCCUCUCCCCUGUUCUAUCCCCCCCAGUGGUGAGCCUGCUAUAAGGCAUUUGUUCUAAUCAUUCCUGGGGCUCUUCUCUGAACCCUUUCCAAUUUAUCAGCAAUGUUCUUGAAUUGUGGGCACCAGAACCGGACGCAGUAUUCUAGUAGCAGUUGCACCAGUUUCAAAUAGGUAAAAUAAUCUCUCUACUCUCAAAUGAGAUGUCCCUGUUUAUUAAUCGCUGGAUGCCAUUGGCUUUUUUUUGGCCCCAAUGCCAUGUUGGGAGCCCACGUUUAGCUAAUUAGCCAUCGUGAUCCCUAUUUUUUCAGGGUUACCAUUUCCCAGAAUAGAGUCACUCGCUAUCUCCUAUAUUUUUUGUUCCUAUAGACAUACAUACAGCUUAGUUGUAUCAAAAUGCAUAUUGUUUGUUUGCUCCUAGUUUACAAGAUUCAAGGCAUUUAAAAACAUUGCUAAAAUGCAGCUCUAAAUAUUAUGGCUCUAUGACAGAAUAUAUCACUGGGUUUACACUAUCCCCUAUUGUGAUAAUUUUUGUACAAAAUAUGCCUUCUAAGUAUUAUUUGAUAACUCAUAAUUUGCUGAUCAGUAUGAUCCUGAUAAAAUAUGUGUGGCAACGUUGUAUGUGAAGUUGUAAAUUUCUGCUAUUUGGUGUUAUAAACACAUUUUCCAAAUGGAGGUUUGCAAACAGGCAAACAUGAUGAAGCAGAAUAGGUACUCUACUUAAUUUUCAUUUAAGCAAUAAAUGGUAAGCAGGAAGGAAAACAAAGGAAGGAACAGAUGAGGAAAAGCAGCAGAAACAUCCUUCCACUGAGACUUUUUGCUUCGUGGUACCCAUCUGGAAAUGUUUUCCCAGACAGGGACUGGAACUAUAAAAGGAAGGAACAAACAUUUCAAAGCACUUUGAUCUCUCUCCCUGCCCACUACAUUCACUGCACCAGAAGCAACAAAGGAAGCAGUCACUGGAUUCUGGGAGAAGGGUCCUCUCCUGACCUAGGAAGUUUGGCAAGUAAGGCUGCUUCAGGCAUGUGGUGACAAAACUUUGCUUUGAAUUUAAUCUCGUUUGUGAAGUUAGGCAUCAGUUGCAUUUUAUCUUUAUUUUUCUUGUAACCAUUUCUGUCUUUUAUGCCUCACUUAAAAUGCUAAAAAAGUUAUUAACUAAUAAAGAUAUUUUAAGUCAAUAAAAUA